AUGAAAUUCCCAACGCGAUUGGCUCUGUUAUCCCUGAUUCCCUCUUCACUUGCUGUCCCUACAGCUAGCAAUCCUCCAAUCAAUGACUUGGCCAAUGAGGAGCAGCCAUUGAUCAAGCUCAAGCCCCAGAGAACCUCUUCUCGAGACCUUGUCAAUCUCGAUGGCCUGUGGAAAUUCACACUGGCUUCCAGUGCAAACGACACAACCCAGCCCUGGACCGCACCAUUCCCCAAGAAUGCCCUCGAAUGUCCAGUCCCCGCGUCAUACAACGAUAUUUUCGUCGAUCGCGACAUCCACGACCACGUCGGAUGGGUCUACUACCAGCGCGAUGUUUUCGUCCCAAAGGGCUGGUCGAAGGAGCAAUAUUUCGUACGAGCUGAAUCUGCUACUCAUCACGGCCGUAUCUAUGUAAACGACCGUCUGCUCGCCGAGCAUGUUGGCGGUUACACACCCUUCGAGGCCGAUAUCACCGAGUUUGUCACCGCUGGGGAGAAGUUCCGCUUGACAAUCGGUGUCAAUAAUGAACUCACCCAUGAGACCAUCCCACCUGGAAAGAUCACAGUGGGCGAGGCCACUGGAAAGGGAUUCCAGACCUACCAGCAUGAUUUUUACAACUAUGCCGGUCUUGCUCGGUCGAUCUGGCUGUAUUCUGUGCCCCGCCAACACAUUCAAGACAUCACCGUCGUGACAGACGUCGAAGGUGAGACUGGACUCAUCAAGUACAAGGUCAAGGUGGCCAACAAGGAGGCUGGCAAGAUCAAGAUCUCCGUCAUCGACGAGGAUGGAGCCGUUGUCGGAAAUGCCUCUGGAGCUGAAGGCACCAUCAAGAUCAAGUCAGUCAAGUUGUGGCAACCCGGCGCCGCCUAUCUGUACCAAUUGGAAGCCAGCAUUGUCGAUUCCCGCGACAAGGUAGUGGACACCUACGGCCUUGCCACGGGCGUGCGCACAGUCAGGAUCAGCGGGUCAAAGUUCCUCAUCAAUGGCAAGCCCUUCUAUUUUACCGGAUUCGGAAGACAUGAAGACACCUCAGUGCGCGGCAAAGGACACGAUCAAGCAUACAUGGUUCACGAUUUCCAACUGAUGAACUGGAUCGGAGCGAACUCUUUCCGAACAUCACACUACCCUUACGCCGAAGAGGUCAUGGACUUCGCAGAUCGACACGGAAUCGUCGUUAUCGACGAAACACCCGCCGUGGGCUUGAACACCAAUUUGCUGGGUGUGUCUGGAGCCAAACCCCAAAAGACAUGGGGUCCAGACAAUAUAAACAACAACACGCAGAGAGCCCACAAGCAAGCCAUUCGUGAACUCAUCAGCCGCGACAAGAACCACGCUAGUGUUGUCAUGUGGUCUAUUGCCAACGAACCAUCCUCGGCUGAAGACGGCGCGCGCGAGUACUUCGAGCCGUUGACCAAGUUGACUCGGGAGCUUGAUCCAACUCGUCCCAUCACAUUUGCCAAUGUGGGCGGAGCAACAUUCAAGACGGAUCUGAUCGCCGACUUGUUUGAUGUCAGUUGUCUCAACCGGUAUUUCGGGUGGUAUUCUGAGACAGGUGAGCUGGGCGAAGCAGAGGCGGCCCUUGAAGAGGAGCUGCGUGGCUGGGAAAAGAAAUUCAAUCGUCCAAUGAUCAUGACUGAGUACGGUGCCGAUACCAUCGCUGGUCUCCACUCUACCCUGGGUUUGCCUUGGAGUGAGGAGUUCCAGAUAAAUAUGCUUGACAUGUAUCACCGGGUCUUCGACCGUCUCGAGUCCAUGGCUGGUGAGCAUGUUUGGAACUUCGCUGACUUUCAGACGUCUGUCGGUAUAGUGAGGGUUGAUGGUAAUAGGAAGGGUGUGUUUACCAGGGACCGCAAGCCGAAGAUGGCUGCACAUGGGUUGAAGUCCAGAUGGACCAAUCUCACCGCAAGUGGGUAA